AUGCCUCCACAAUCAACAAAUUCGUCUCCUGGGCCGAACUAUUGGUAUGGCAGUAACAGCCUGCCAGACGCGUUGGAGGGUUUACCACAGGAUAGCUCGAAUCCACGCAUGAUGCGUCGUGCUUCGGAAGCUGUGGUACAAGCGGCCGGUUUUCAAAGCCAGGAGGAGUCCUCUGAAUGGGACGGGAGCCAAGGAGGUCAACUCCAUAUCGACACCUCGCAAGCGACUCUCGUGAUUCGCCCACAGCCAGGCUCUGCAUCUGCACUUCACAAAGCUCCGCUGGCACCCAAGCAAGGACUAGGGGGGGCCCUGGCGAACGCACGAGGGCAGCAUCAAUCUCCUAUCUCCGGCACCUAUGCUCUUCGGACUCCUCGUGGUAAAAUCACAUCCAUAGCGUGUGAGAGCUGCAGGAAACGUAAAUCCAAGUGUGACGGUGUUAGGCCAAAAUGUAACACUUGUCAGUCCAAAAACCUCACAUGUGUCUACGAUGUCGCCGAGGAUGGAAAGACAACCACGCAGUUGCGGGCUCAUGUCCGGCGGUUGGUGAAGGAAUUGGAGGAGACGAGGUCGCUCAUACCGUUGUUCGUCAAGACACCCGACCGGGCUUCCGCAGUCAUCUGGGCAAGCGAGGUUGAGAAGAAUGGGCUCGCACACCACUCCGCCGAAGAUAUCAGGAAAGCACUUUCGGAUCCGUCAGAGGCAUUAUCCGCCCUGCCAGAUGGCGAAUCCUUUGGUACUCCGAGCAGCGAGCAUUUUGCAGGCUCAGCACAAAAUAUGGGCGCCUCUUCCUAUGACGGAUCUUCGCGCGGCGAGAGGCAAGUCGAAUGUAACGCGACUCGAGAACAGAGCCAAUCCGCAUUGAGUUACCCGCCCGAAAACGCAGUCGACGGUAUCGCACCAAUAAACCCAACACCCUUGGCUCUCGAUGCCACGACAAAUGCUCUGCACAAGUUCGGUUUCGAUUGCGCGUAUUAUCGGCGGACAAAACAGGAGUUGCUUUCAAGUGGCUGGGAUCAGGCGCAAAUAUUCGGAAGAUCUGAGAUAGAUGUGGAUACACUGCUGCUAGGGUUUUUAGAUCCUCAGGACACACAACCGGUCUCGACAUGGUGUUCAAGGACAGUAAACAAGCUCCUUCCGGCGUCACCUCUUGCAGUCAGACUUGCGUCCACCUGGCUGCUGACCAAGAUGGUGCGGUACCUUGUUUGGCCCAGUGUAGAGAACUUGAAUGCGAAUCCAGAGUGGCUAAUGCCGCCGGUCGGCAAGCCGGAAUCUUUGCCAUUCGACAUACUCAUUCAUCUCAUUCCUUGGCCUCAAGUACGUCGGUUGCUUUACCAAAAUCCCCAGGAAUAUCCAGUCGGAGGACUAGUGGGUCUCAUUGGAAUAACAUGGCCAUAUGCGGAUGAUGCGUGCCAUUAUUGGGAUAUCGAGGCAGGACAUACGCGCUUGACGCCUCUGUUUGAGAGCACCGUGGCCGACCUGAAUAACUGGACCAUCGACCCGAAGAUUCUUGAUCUGAUGCCUCAACUUGAAGGCCAUAUUCCAGUCAAGCCAGUGACCAUGGAUGCCAUCAGCGAAUCCGGAAUGUUGGAUCUAAUCACCGAUUCCGAACUGUUGAAACCCUAUGGUACUACCUCGCCUUCUAGACAGUUCAAUCUAUAG